CACAUGUUAAACCAGCAAACUGGAGAUCUGACCAUCAGGAACAUCAGCAGAGUUCAUUCAGAUGUUUAUACACUUCAAAUUACCAGCGGCAAAAAGAGCACAUGCAAGAGAUUCAUGGUUAUUGUCCACGAGAAGACUGUGUCAGGGGUGGAGGGAGAUUCAGUCACGCUGAACACUGAUAUUGAAAUUCAAGAAGAUGACCUUGUACUGUGGAUGUUUGGACCUGAAGACUGCCCAAUUGCCAAAGGGGAAACAAAGGAAAAGAUCUCUACAUAUGAUUAUGCUGACGGGAGAUUCAGAGGCAAACUGAAUCUGAAUUAUGAGUCUGGAUCUCUGACCAUCACAAACACCAGAACUGAACACACUGGUGUUUAUAAACUACAGGUCAUCUGCAGCCGAGAGACUAAAUAUAAGACAUUCAGACUUACAAUCCGUGAGAGUGAAAGAAAUACAGGCUUUGGGCCUGGGCAGGAAGGUAUCCCUGGUACAAAAAUGAAACUCACAACAGAAAUAGUAGCUGAGAUAACUGUGAACGGUUUUAGAGAGUAUUGCACAUUUUGUAUGAUAGUACAUACACAUUGGUGUUAUAUAUACCACACAUAUUGUAUAUACAUACUGUAUGUGUGUGUGAUUAAUGUGUUUUUGUGGAAAAGGAUUGCAGUCCUCAAUUUGUUAGCAAAUGGACCUUAUACAAUAAACACUACAGUAUGUAUCUUGGAAACAUUAUAUUUAAGUGGAAUGUUUCAUUAUCACUAUAAGUGAUGUGCUAAUGAGCCUGCUUCAGGUUUUGUUGUUUCUUUUGUUUUCUUUCCAUUAUCUUGUUUUUUUCUGUCGUCCAGCAUCAUACGUUUUGUGUAAUAGCUAUAAUAAUGUUGUCUUGUUACCAAAAAGUCAGUACCAAUACCAAUAAAAUUCCAGAGUCCUCUGUAUGAAUUCUAAUGGUAACUAAACUUUUCUUAUGUUUUCUUUUGAAAGUGGCUGUACAUUGAGGGGUCAAAUGUUUAUGGUGAGAGUUUUUGCAUUGUAUGUCUCAUGCUGUUGAUGCUCCCUUUUGAAUUAUUCUCCGUUUUCAGUAAUAACUUCUUUGAAAGAGAUUGUACGGUUAUUUUUGUUUUAUUUUUCUUUUGCAAUAUUUGACCAGUUUAAAUAAAACAAGUGUUACAGCUUGUUGAAUACAUGUUCAUUUAAGAUAAAGCGAUAAUAAAACGUUGGAUACUUAAGUGCACCACUGAAUUUUUUUUAAUGUUUUGAUCAAACUGGAUUAAACAUGGACACAAUCUUGAAAAUGAUUCCAAAGCAGCCCAAGAUUAGAUGAAACGUUUAUUGUACUUUUAGCCACUGCAGAUGUUAAAACUUGCUAAAUGGAGGAUGUUUUUCUCUCAUCAUCUCAGUUUUUCCUGCUUAUCCAAUGAUCUGAAAUGAACAAAAUGGCACAAGAAACAUGAUAUUUUAAUAGUAUUAAAAAAAAUACAGUCGUGAUAUUUAUUGCUUGUUAAUUACAUAUGUAAAGUUUAUAAUAAUGAUGAUGAGAUCUUAUGAAUUGCACUUACGCCACUAAUCCAGCUGGUGUAGGCAGACACACGGGUGAAGACUGUUGGCUUCUUGGCGGUGUUACAACCCAAUGAAGACACAAAGCUGGUCACACCAUGGA